AUGCUGGAGCUAAAGGGAUAUGACGAGUGGGAUUUCAUCGAUAGAUAUGCUCGAGGUUCCGAGGGUUUGGAAAGCGGGUCGUCAGAAUGGACUUUGACACAAGCGACUGAUCAAGCCCAAUAUCCAUUCUCAGUGUCAUCGAGUACCAACUCAGUCGAUAACCGACUUGACGAUUCUGAGGUGAAAGUCAAUCACCGAUGUUCGGAUAGAGUCACCCAGUGCGUCAAUGCCGAGACAGAGGCACCUAACUCUCCACCGACACUCUUGCUGAAGCUAAGGCGAAAAAGGGCCCUGAAGGAAAGAUCCAUGAGUCUUUCAGGAGGGGAACAGUACGAGGAGCAGGGGCAAAAGAAUAGUCGCCGUUGGUCAAAAAUCUGGCUGCGGCUCUCUCGACAGCCUACAGAACGUAACAAGCAAUCAAAGAAGUCAGGAGAAGAUGUGGCGGAGGGCACUUCAAUGGGAGAGCAGGUAUCAACAGCAGGGUUCAAUCAAAGCCGGUGGAAAUCGAUACUGCGGACCAGGCAUAGACCCAGCACCAGCCUCCCAGAGUUUCGGUCGUUGUACGAGAUUAAACCUUUCUCGACGCAGAGUAUGAAUCAUACUAGGUCCAAUUCAGAACGACCACCCAUUCCCAAACGGCCAGCAGAAGAAAAGUCUUGGGAUUUCCUAGACACGAUGCCACCAUCACCAUUAUUCCAUCGACGGCCAAUAUACAGCGUCCCCAGACUAUCAUCCGUCCCAAGUCUACCGUUGUCAACAUCUAUGUCCUCCUAUCCAGACGGCAAACGAGCGAGCGAGACCGCGAGAGAUAUCAAGAUGUGA